GAAGCCAAACAACAACUUUUGCAGGAAUAGUUAUCCUUCUUUUAUCGGUUUCAAGAACCAGUCAUAUUAACUAAACGAAGUAUCAAAUGUUCUCGGGUCACCUCCCUUCCAGAAAGAAGCCGCACAGUGACACGAAAAGCUUUAAUCUCCCCCCUAUCAGUCCUUUUUUGUGCUUCCCCUACUCCUCCUCCAGCCGCUGCCUCGUAACACACGCACUGUUGUCGAGUUUGACGUCUCUUGUUGUUGGUGGAAAUGACGUAGCUACAACCGAGAGUAAAUGCAUCUGGCUAAUGGGCUAACCACUUUGGGAAAAUCCACAGAAUGUCUUAAAUGUGUUUGGCACUCGCUAUUUAUGUUUGUAAUACGCGUUUAAUUAAUAUCUUUUCUUUUUUUAUUAGUAAAAUGACUGAUUGUAAGAUAGCUUUUCUAGAUAGCGAUCGCGUGUAGGCCUGAAUGUGCUUCUUCAAAUCAACAGAAAGAUUUUUCUUGCGACCAAUCGCGGCAUUCCCUACAAUUUAGCCGGUAAAAACAAAAGAGGGAACUGCCAAACGUUUAUGCAUUGACAUUUUCGUGAGUUGUAACUAUGGCAACUGGCGAUUUGAGAGGAUGCCUGCGGAAAUUUGAACUUCAUCUAAGAUCCUUGAAGUACCCCAGAGAAGUUGAUUACGUCGGUUUGGCCAAAGGUGAUCCCUCAUCUUUUUUGCCAGUUAUGAAUUACACAUUCCUAUCCUAUUCUUCAUAUCUUGCUGAAGAUCUCAUAGGGUUUGGAGUAGAACUUGCUGGAAAGAAUGACGUACGAUUUCUUGAAGCCGUCUACAAGGUGCUGCGGGAUCUCUUCAGAUAUAAGCCACUUUUAACUAAGGAGCAGUUUCUGCAGUUGGGCUUUGCCGAGCGGAAGAUUGGCAUCGUCUGUGACAUCAUCGGCUUUGUGACUGAGAGGCACAAAGUGCUGUCUAAAAAUUGCAAGACGAGGAAGUCCCGUUUGCCAAGGUCUAACCACCAAGCCGUACCGGAGGGCCCUCUGUUUGAGGCUGAAUCUGUGAAACCCACAGUCCUGGCAGCUCCUCCUCAGCCCCUGGUAGAGAGGCACAUGGGUGGCCCGGUGGCAUUUGUGUCCUGCUCCUCCUCUGAAGAGCUAUCCUGUGAGGAGCAGGAGGGGGAGGACGAGGAAGAGGAUGACGAUGAAGAUAAGCUCUCAACAGAGUUUUAUGCAUCCAGAGUGGAGAGGAGACUGCAGGCUCUGGAGGCCCAGGUCCUGGAGUACCAGAGGAAGCUGGAGACGCUGUCCCUGAUGGAGGCCAGGAUCAAGCGCCUGGAAUCGGACACGGCUGGGAAGAUCAUCAUCAACCGGCAGGACUGGGACAACCUGGAGAGCCGUGUGCUGCUGUUGGAGACCAGGCUAACGCUAAGCUCAUCACAGAAACCCUCAACGCCUGCCCGUGAAACCGAAAACAUUGCCCGAGAAGUUACAACAGUUGGAGAACCAGCCGAGACCGGCCCGCAGUCACCGCGGAGCCCCCCCGGCAGAGGGCCGGACGCUCCCGGCCCGCCCGCCGCGGCCGCCAUCAAUCCCUUUGUUUUGACAGCGCUUCCAAAGGAGAGUAUUAAAGAGCGACUGGAAAGAAUAGCCUCUAUGAUGAAUGAAACAUCCAGCCUUCUGAGAAGCACAGAGCCUUCAAUGUAAAUAUGUUUGUUUUAUCCUUGUUGUGCAACUAAAUGUCUGAG